CCGCAAUCUUAGCAUAUUCAGCCUUUACCCGAGCCGAAGCUCCCCCAACUCCGGAGGCAAGUAUGAACAUGAGAGUUUGAACUAACUUAUGAUCAUGCAAAGUGACUGGCUGGGGCCGUGGUACCUUGUUAUUGUGCUAAUCCCACCCACCGUGCUGGAGCAUUUAGCGCUUACUCCAUGGAUAUUGUGCAGCUUAGUUUUGAUACCUGGCAGAUGAUCGGCAUGCAAGCUCUUUUUUAAGGUUCCGACCAGACCUCAACGCCCAAGCGGGAAAUCCCUAGCAGCCCUGGCAGGCAUUUUACCAAAAUAACAGUUCGUCAGAUAGGCAUAGUGGAGCCAAAAGUUUCGCGUGGCAGAACAGAACGAAUAAUUGCGAUUCGAGUAUUGUUUCAAAGGCAGAAAAGGCUCCCUCUUGGUUUUUUUUCUUGGGUAUUGCCUUGCUGUUAUUGGGCCCAACUCGAUCCUCAGCAUUCUAGAAGACUUCCUGAACAUCGCUGCGAAACCUACAGACUGACAACCAUACCUCCAACACUCCGCAAAACGCACUUGGCGGGGACAUUUUCUCCGUCGAGUCCGAAGUUAGGAUCGACAACUGCCAUGCGACGGAUUUCCUUAGUCGUGACUAGCUACCAAUGGCGCAUUAGAGAGCCUCUGAAGGGGUGUUGUGAAGGGCGCCGAAGAUGAGCUCCAUUUCCAUGAUGCCCAUUCAGGAUUGAGAAACGGCUGAGUUUGAACGGUCGACGACGGUUCGUAACAGUCAUACAAAUAUAACCGGUUCGUCUGAGCGAAAUCGCAAAAUCGCAAAAUCGCAAUUUGUGUGGAGACUACCGGCAGCGAAACCUGGUCAAGCGCCUGGCCCUCCUGCUUCCAACCCUAUGAUUAUUCUAGGCAUCAUCGCACUCAACGCGAGAGGUUGGUAUUGGGUUGGAGUUAAGGGUACGCAAAGAACUCCGGGUGGUGUCGUCCUGCUGUUUACUCCGCCCAUCCCACCACCUGAACGAGCGAACGGGACCAGGGUCAAAAAUGCGAUCGUCAGGGGAUGUUGCAUUCAUGUUGAACUCAAUUCCACCCGCUCCGUCAUCUGUUAAGAAUAGGUUAGCACCAGGAUAUCGAGCAGGGGAUUCAUGAGUGUCCCAGGGCCAGCUACCUCUGAGCCGUGCCGAGGGGUGAAGAUCUAUAUCAUGCAGAACACUUUCAUACCACAUCUGAGUGUAGCCUAUCCCAACUCUGGAAGGCUGCUGGGAAACCAAACUGAGCCGCCAGCAGCUGGGUUCACCCCGGCGCCUGAUGAGAAAGUCCCCUGCGAGCGGGACGCGGACGCCGGGAGCGCCAUCCACUGCGGGAAAAAAAUAAAUAAAUAAAUAAAUAAAUAAAAAAGCACCCCACCCCAUUAGCAUGUGUAAGUUGGCCGAUGGAGGGUGAGAUCAUUACUAACAUAGUCUGUUGCAAUGGAUAAUACUCAUAGCAUCCACCUAUCUCCACCAAUAUCCGUAGCUCCAGCUCUAACUCCAGACUCCACGGAGCCUUUUAUGCUCAACGUUAAGUCCUGCUCUUCACGGGAGCUCAAGAGAAAGGGGGAUUGGAAAGAGUUUGAGUUCUCCGUGUCGGGCAGCCCAGUCAGUCUGUUGCUACCUUGAUCACUUGUUCCUCCGCGUAUCGUCUCUCGUUUCUAUUUCUCUUUUCUCUUUGUUCCUUUGCUUCGUCUUCGGGCAUUUGCAACUUGAACAUUUCGCCUUCUGUGAGGCUGCGUUUCUUGUAGCCGGCGGCGAUUUGCAAAGAUAUUUCACUUACAUUCGGCCAAGCCUCUUGACGAUAUGCUCCCUGGACAGGGCCUUAUCUUGCUCGCUCUCGUCGCUUCUGACGUGCUGGCUGCGACCGUUCACGGAAAGCAUCACAACCACCUUAAUGGUGUCUAUGACAAACAUCAAUCGUCCAAUACCACAGACGAAUAUGAAUAUGUCAUUGUCGGAUCUGGCCCAGGAGGGGGCCCUCUCGCAUCUAGACUUGCCAUUGCAGGGCACAAAGUGCUUCUGAUAGAAGCUGGCGAUGACCAGGGCGAUUCUAUCGUGUAUCAGACCCCAGCUCUUCAUUUGCAAUCAACAGAAUAUGAGCCAAUGCGCUGGGACUACUGGGUUAACCAUUACCCCGACCUCGAACGCCAAAAGAAGGACUCCAAAUUUACCUACAGGAAAUCUGAUGGCCAAUUUCAUGUCGGAGCGACUCCACCCGCAGAUGCCGAACCUUUGGGGAUUCUAUAUCCAAGAGCCGGAACUUUGGGAGGUUGCGCCUCCCACAACGCAUUGAUUAGUGUUUAUCCCCACAAGAGUGACUGGCUUAACAUCCAGACCAUCACUGAUGACGAUUCCUGGGCCCCGGAGAAGAUGCGAAAACUCUUUCAGCGUCUGGAACGCUCGCGAUAUAUGCCUAAUGGUCUUCUCGGCCACGGCUUCGAAGGCUGGUUCGAAACCAGCCUAACAGACUUGGGCCUCGUUUUGCAGGAUCUCAAACUUAUCUCCCUGGUCGUUGCGAUUGGCACUGCCAUGGGCAAAAGUGUCGGCAAAGUGAUCUCAACCGUCGCUGGCUUGGCGGAGGUUUUGCUUUCUGAUAUCAACGUCGACACCCCGCUCCGUGACUCCACUGAGGCCGUAUACCAGGUCCCCAUCGCGGUCAAUAUUCCGGAGUAUAAACGGAAUGGUCCUCGCGAAUUCAUCCUCCAAACCGCCAAUGCAGUCAACGAAGAUGGGUCGAGGAAAUACCAUCUGGACAUUGCCCUCAAUACCCUUGUAACCAAUGUUCGAUUCGAUAACUCUGGCCCUGCACCGAGAGCCGUUGGUGUAGAUUUCCUCAAGGGACAAAGUCUCUACUCAGCUGACCCUCGUGCUUCUGGCGCUAAGGAAGGAAUCCCAGGCAUCGCCACCGCUACCAGAGAAGUGAUUCUCUCUGCCGGAGCAUUUAAUACGCCUCAAUUACUGAAACUCAGUGGCAUCGGGCCCAAGGAUGAGCUGAAGAAAUUCGACAUCCCAGUCCUCGUCGACCUCCCCGGAGUUGGCCAGAAUCUCCAGGACCGCUACGAGAUGGGUCUUGUUGCAGAGACCGAAACCGAUUUCCUCCUUACCUCCAAAUGUACUUUCUUGACCACCGAUCCAGACCCAUGCCUUGAGCAGUACUUGACCGGCCACUUGGCUCUUGGAAAAGGAACUUACACCACCAACGGCCUUGCUGUCGCAGUGGUCAAACGUUCCUCUGCUGCAAGCGGUGAUCCCGAUCUCCUUAUAUCUGGCGCCCCAGCCUUCUUCCCCGGCUACUAUCCCGGCUACUCCGUUAAAGGCCUUUCCGACGCUCGUCACUGGACCUGGAUCCCGCUCAAAGCACACACGCGCAACAAUGCUGGCACUGUCAAGCUGCGCUCCAAGGAUCCCCGCGACAUGCCCGAGAUCAACUUCAACUACUUCGACGCUGGCGUCACGACAGACGAUGCUGACGAGAAGGAUCUACAGGCCGUUGUUGAGGGGAUGGAGCUGUCGCGAGAGAUCUUCAAGAACGUCGUGCCCAUCCAGGGCAGCUUCAAGGAAGUCUGGCCUGGUACUGAGCGAGCCAAUGACACCGAGAGCCUCAAGGAGUUCAUCAAGAACGAAGCGUGGGGCCACCAUGCCUCGUGCACGUGUCCUAUUGGUGCCGACGAUGAUCCGAUGGCUGUGUUGGAUUCCAAGUUCCGCGUCCGUGGCGUUGAGGGUCUGCGUGUUGUUGAUGCCUCUGUCUUCCCCAAGAUACCUGGCUUCUACAUUGCCGUGCCAAUCUAUCUGAUCAGCGAGAAGGCUGCAGAUGUCAUUCUUGAGGCUACAACGGACUAAAGAUAAACAUAAAAAUUCAUAUAAAAAAAUAAGGGUAGUCAACCAGGUUGUCAUUUUAUGCCUUCCCGCCAUAAUAACGGAGUCACCGUACAUUAGGAACCUGUCUGCACUGUACAUUGAUUUUUGUAUUCUCUAUAUAUAUUUCCUUCUAAUUUAGCCACUACUAUUUUCUUCCUUUCUCCUUUGCUGAGCGAUGUGUGCCCUUCAAUUUGAGCAUAAUAAUCUGCAUAUAAGAGCCACGACUUAUAUUAUUCAACCUGUUCAACCACACAGAUUCAUUGAGUGAGAUACGAGUAAGUUUACGAUGAUGGCUCAAUCCUUUCAAACGUUAUUCUCGUAGAAGUGUUGGGUUUCUUAGAUGAAGGCGUCAACACCUGAAGGUUCCUAGCUGUAUAUGCCAUUAGAUAAAUUAACGGACUAUGCUUCACCGACGUAUAAGAG